GAAGACUUAGAGCCACCUUAGAAGAAGAAGAAGAUGGGAGAACAGGAGGUUAGAGGGGAUGAGGUGGUUGAGUUCGUACCUCGGCCUUCUCCUAUUGAGCUUGAUUCUGAACUCAAGGAGACUAAGGUUAGAGCUCCUGGUAAGGGGAAGGAACUCAUCCCCCCUCAUUCUCUACAAAGCAGCCUUUUUGAUGCCAAAAACACGACGGCUGCUAGGAGAUUUAUCAAUUCAACUUUUCUCGAGGUGGAUCGACAUCGGGCUAGGGAAGAGGUGUUGACUCAUGUAGGAACUAUAGUUGUUAAACAUGUCUUGGAGAAAGAAAUAAAGGAAAUGAAAGAGUCUGCCAUCGAGCUGAAAAAGAACGUGGAGUUGCUGGUCCAUAAUGCGAUGAAAGGGCACAUUGCUGAGUUUCUCAACUCCAGCACAUUUGACAAUAUUGUCAACCUAUACCAGCUGCCUACCGCGAUCCUUGCCUUCACUGAUUGCAGAAAAAAGGUGAAAUCUCAAUAUCCCGAAGUGGAUGUGACAAAGAUCACUUUUGGCGAACAAGAGGAAGGAGUAGAGGAAGACGGUGAAAUUAAGGAAAGCGAAGCAGAGGCUGUGGGCAUACAGGUCGAAGAGAGCCAGCCACCUCCUCUAGUGGAAGUCCAUCCAAUUCCCUCAAAAGAAGAGCAGCCAGCCCUUCCAGAAGUGGAGCAGCCACCUCUUUCUGCAAAGCAACAGCCACCUCCCCCAGCAGAGUAGCCAGGGUUUCCUUUUUUUUUUUUUUUUUUUGUGUUAAAAUUGGAACAAUUUGUUGAUUUUAUUUUGAACAUUUUUGUAAUAUUUUUUAAUCAAUUCAUGGAUUUGUU